AUUAUGCAAACAAACUUAUUUGUUUCGCGCUUCUAGACGCUAUCUAAACAUACAAGGAAAAGUGAAGAAGAUGGGACCGGGUUUAGAAAAUCUUGAAAAUGACGUCAUCAUGGAAAUGGUAGAAAUAUACGUAAACGCAAUACUAUACAAACGAAACCUCUAUCCGGAAGCAAUUUUUCGUGCCCGCAAAGCGUACAACAUUCCCGUGUACAUGUCGAUUUACAAGACUUUGAACGAGUACAUCGAGAAGACCCUUCGGGCGGCCCGUGAAUUGAAUCGGACGCACAAACUGCGGCGUUUGGAGGUGCUCAUCUACCACGACGAGGAGAAACCGAAGGAAAGUUACGUGUUCGACUUUGAUCAUAAAGGGUUUGCCCUGGAAAAAGAUCAAUGUAUGCUUGCGUUCGAGGAAGAGCUACGAUCAUCACUGCUGGCGCUAGACUCCCGGAUGAAAGAUCUGAAACCGCUCCCCGCGGACGACGAUGUGCGAUUUAAAAUUGUACUUCACACGACGGAGUCGGCGUUCGUGAAAAUCGGGACCGAUCCAAGGCUGCAGAGCUUCCCGUUCGUUAAAAACAAUGCGAUCGAAGAAGCGAUGGAAAAGUCCAAAAUACAGCUAUUGCCGGUCCAGCACACAUCUUCUGUAGGAAUACAAGUUUAUGUCGAAGAGUACAAUUAACAUAAGAAGAUUAAUGAAUAAAGUUUUU